CGACACAGCACAGCACAGCACAGCACAGCACAGCACAGCACGUUACAGAAAGAAAGCAACAGGCGGCCACACGAAACCGCGGACGGAUCGAUCGAUGAGCACCACCGCGUCCAAGAAGCGAAAGUACUUCGACCGCGGGGGCGGGGGRGGAGGCCACAAACGAAAAUGGGGCCUCCUGACCCGCCCGAGGCGGGGGAAUCCGGGCGUCCUGCUCACCUGCGAGACCGGCCGGGAACAAAAGUGCAAGCGGGAGGGCCUCGAGAUCCUCAACCACUACCACCGCUCGGCUUCCCCGGGGGCGGGUGGUAGUGGCAACGCCGGCGAAGGCGAAAGCGAAAACGACGACGAUGACGACGAUCGCGACCAACCGCUGAGCCUGGAGGAAGAACUGAGCCUCCUGAAAUCGAAAAAGGGGUCCYCGGACGCGUCGUCCGCGUUCGGGGAGUACGAAACAAAUUGCCGGGGGACCGUCUUUGUGCUCUGCACCCUUCCAAAGUGCAGCCUGAUACCGGCCAUCCAGACCGAGUACAUGCGAUCGAAGCAGAAACAGAACAAAGGCAGCGGCAGCAACAGCGGGAACAACGACGACGACAACAGCAACAGCAACAAGAACAGCAACGGACCGGAGGUUCCCGAAUCCAACCGCGCGGAGAAAAAAGCAGAGCCCAAGUCAGACGACGGUGCGGACCACCCCGAACCCGCGGCCAGCCCAGAGGCUUCCGAAGCAGCGGACGCCGGGGGCGGCCCGCCGGGCCGUCCUCCCUCCGAUCCUCCCCCCUGGGAUCCCAUCGCGGCCGUCAGAGCRAUCAUGUCCGACAUCGACGCCGGGGAUUCCAACAAGGCGGCCCCGAGCUCGAGGUUCGUGACGAGGAUGAUCCCCAUCCAGGCCACGUGCUUUGCGUCCCCCGAGGAGCUCGGGCUGACYUGCGAGGAGGUGCUKAAAAAGUACGUCUCGCCGAAGCGCACCAAGACCUUUGCCAUUCGCUUCAAGAGACGGAACUGCAGCGGCCUGGACCGCAAGGGGUCCAUCCAAAUCGUUGGCGACCUCAUGCAGAAGCUCUUUCCGGACUGCAGGGUCGACCUCGGCAAGCCGGACGCAACGAUCGUGGUAGAGGUCUGUGGGACGCUCUGCGGCGUAUCGGUGGUGGAGAACUUUGGGAGCUGCCGGAAUUUCAAUCUCCUGGGGGCGGCGGUGCCGCUGGCGUGAACGAAUGCAACAGAACAGCACACUGCACCACACGGUACAACCAGCGAGGWGAAAAACUAUACGUGCCGUUGWGUCAGUCGCCAACUACUAGAUCCUAUAUUACCGUGCUGYAGAGAGGCUCGCAACUUCUUUCUUAAAGUAYUGUACUAGAAGAAUACUACUAACUUGGUAAUUUUCAACUAUUGUAACAACAGGAUUUUCGUUUUCGUUGUGCUCGGUUUUGCGCCCAUGCCUCAAGUCAUUUUUGAAAAGAUGCGAUCAAAAAUGAUUUGAUCGAAACAAGCUUUGAAGCAAAUCAAGUUUGUAAAUUGAU